AUGGCCGAUAAUUCAGAUCAUCGAAUCAAGAUCAAUCCCCUCAUGCCUCCUGCAAAGCAAGAGCGCAUUCACAUCUGGCGCACCGAAGUCGCUUCAGCCCUCCACCUCCCCACGGCCCCGUCCCUAUCAUCAUCACUAUCGUCUUCAUCCGCCGCCACUCCAGAUCCCGACCCAGAUACUUCGUUUGCUACGCCUCCAUCACCUGCUGGUUCCAGGCCACGAAGCUUGUGGAAGCGCAUCAGUUGGCGCUUUGGACCCAAGAGACGCACUGCUGUUAAUAUGGCCGCUGCUGCCGCCGAGCUUCCUCCUGAUGGCCGUACGGCUAUGUACCGCGGACUUGAGAACAGGGUGGUUAGGGGAGACGACGCGAGGGAUGAAGAAGGCGGCAUUCUUGAGAAGGACAGCGAAGAAGGAAAUGGCUUAAAGGAGAAGCAAGAGAGGUUGGCUCGGGCAGCCAGAUUACUCAACCGUCGCACCGAGGAACGGUGA